AUGGGCAGCCUGCCCAGCCGGGAGAAGCAGCCCCGCAGCCUGCCGGCAGCAGCAGCGGGCCCUGCGCAGCCCCAGCAGGCAGCUCCAGGCAGCUUCCUGGCACUGGCCACGUGCGACUUCCCCGCUGGUGGGGAGGCAGUGGCCGUCGUGAGGAUGGGGGAGCAGCUGCGCGUCCUCUCUGAGGACGGCGAGUGGUGGCUGGUGGUGUCCAUGGCAUCCGGCCGGGAGUGUCACAUUCCCAGCAGCUGCGUGGCCAAAGUCUGGCACAGGUGGCUGUACGAGGGCAUCAGCCGGGAGCAGGCGGAGAAGCUGCUCCUCCGGCCUUGCAACCACAGCGGCUCCUUCCUGGUAAGAGCGAGCCAGACGAGGAAAGACUGCUACUCGUUGUCGGUGCGGCGCACUGAGCGCGCCUCCUGGGACUCGGUCAAACACUACCGCAUCCACCGCCUGGAGAACGGCUGGCUCUACAUCUCGCCCCGGCUCACCUUCCCCAGCCUGCAUGACCUGGUGGACUACUACUCUGAAUGUGGGGAUGGGCUCUGCUGCCUCCUCAAGGAGCCCUGCUACCUGGAAGGGGCAAGACAAGCACCAGCCCUGGGCCUGCCUCCGCCGGUAGUCGUCCAGAAGCCAGCUCUCAACUGGGACAAGGUGGACGGCUCCGUCUUGUUCUCGGAGGCCACAGCCCUGCCGGAGGAAGAUUCGCCCAUCAGCCUGGGCCUGCGGGAGGCCCUCAGCUCCUACCUCCUCCUGACGGACGAGGCGCCGCCGGACAGCGGCCCUGCCGAGAAGGGGAAGCGUGGGAAGAGCAGCUGAGCGCAGGGCCCUGCUCUGCCACAAGCUCUGGAACAACCUUCCUGCCCUCCGGAAAACGCUCGCCAGGUGCUUCACCGAGAUAACCCAUG